AUGUAUCUGUUCGACUCUCUCCCUCCGCGGAACAGUAUGCCGAAACCAGAACACAGCUAUGGACUUCCAGUUCCGUUUCGGACACUGUCAGACUUUUGUGACUCUCCGACCCGACUGAGAUGGUCUCCUGUGUUGAAUGGCAGACGAAAUAUUGUCGUUGCUUCCUUGCACAACCGGAUCAUCGCAAUUAGCAUAAGUUCUAUCGAUGACGGUGGCCUCGGAAUCUACGAGCGGUUGAUUCACGAGAAGUACGCCGAACAAAUCAUCUGGCUUUCUGCCUGUCUGGUCCCACAUGAGGAGAUCCGCGAGGUGGCAGUCCGCAGUCUGUGGAAUGUGGAUCGCAGCAGACUUGAUGAGUGUGGGAUUUGUCUAUCCACCUCAUACGGGAGACAGAUUGUUUUUGCGGCUCAUGUGAUCUCAGAGCGACAGCCGGAGUAUGAAUACACCCGCUUGGUCAAUGCCACCGAUCUUGUAGUGGGAGGUUUUUUCCUAAACGAGCAAUACGACAACGGCGACCAGGUCCGCCUUGCUGUAGCUUGCAGAAUCAAGAAUGUUCACGAUCAGGAUUACGACAUUCCAAGAGACAUGUUUCAAGAAGCGAAAGUCUCUUCACCACCGUUGGACAAGCGUGUAGGAUUCUUCUUCCGCGCGUGUGACGUAGACCACAUCAUGGAAGCGCACGUCUGCCACGACGACAGCAUGCGAUGUUUCGGCAUUCGAAUUGGCGACGAUGUCUUGGGUCAAUGGCGAGAAGGUCGAAGGAUCCUUCACAUCAGGGACCUGAGCGCUUGGUUCCUAGAAAACCGGACAGUCAGCCGUGGCACAAAAUGGGAGAGCCCCGCUGUAUUCUUGAAGAGGCAAUCCGAAUUGCCGCAUUUGUGUGGCGUAGCAAGUCGAGACAUCGUACCUAUUGCUGGAGUCCUCGAAUGGUGGACUGGCGUGCUUGGCGAUCACGUUCAACAAGUCUCAUCAAGAUGCAACUCUGAUGGCGAUGCGCUUGGUCCAUGA